UUGAUUCGUCUGCGCAUGUGUUGUAUUUUGCCCGUUAGAAAGUAAUGCGAGAGACUGCCGGAAGGGGAGGGCGUUUCAUUUCCGAUUGUGUGUGUGUGAUUAUUUUAUGUGGUGGCGUUUGCAGUUUGAGAGAUAUAAAGUGACUUCUGUAUAUAACCUACACCUGAAACUUUGUGUACAUGCACAUUGCUUCCUGCAGCAGUAAGAACGUGGGAUGGCGUUUUCGUACUCGCCGCAGAAUGAGUGUGGUAGGAGCUCGGCGGCGUGCAAGUGGAGCUUGGCUGAAGCGCAGCAGAAAUUAAACAGUUUGGCACUUCACAACUCAGAGUCUAUAGAUCAAGAACAAGCGACGGCCCAGGCUGAGUUGUCCGAGCUAAAACGCAGCGAGGAAGAGUGGAGAAGAAAAGAAGCAGCGCUAUCCCCGGGUGAGAACUGGGGAUUGUCCACUUCGGAUGGUCUUAAUCAAGAUGUAUUUAAUAAGAGUUUUAUCAAUCAGGUUAAGAAAACCAGAGAGGAUGAAGAUCAGUCAAUAUCUUUUAUACAGAAAUAUGAGGCAAAAAUUCAACAUUUCGGUAUGCUUAGUAGAUGGAAUGACAGCCAACGUUUUCUGUCCGAAUAUCCAGAUGUUGUCAGUGAAGAAACUGCUAAGUAUCUCCUCUUGUGGUGUUAUCAUUUAGAAAGUGAACAGAAGACAGCACUUAUGGAACAAGUGGCACAUCAAGCUGUCGUCAUGCAGUUUAUUAUAGAAAUGGCAAAAAGCUGUAAUGUGGAUCCCAGAGGUUGUUUCCGUUUGUUUUUCCAAAAAGCCAAAGAAGAAAAAGAAGGUUAUUUUGAAGCCUUUAAAAGUGAACUUGAAAUUCUGAAAUCAAAAGUCCGUCAGCAUACUGAAUCCCAAAGAUAUCAAACUGCUGUGCUCAAGAAACCAGCUUUGCCUCCCGACCUUGGACAUAUGGGUAAACUGCAGUGCCAUCAACAGGAUGUUCUGCAGGGUCACCCUAAUGCCGGUGUAUGCCAUGUGAACCCUAUGGAGCAUUCAGAAGAUGAGGAUUCCAGAAUGAUGGACACACUAUAACACAAGAAGCACUUGAGCUAAAAAUGUUACAUGGACUCAUGUGGCUGUGUUCUUAUAGGUGACUUUUACAAACUGAUUUUGCACUUUACUUUUUUUGUUGUUGGAGGGAUAUAAUUCCCCAGAGAUAUGUUUGUGGUGUUUUACUGCGUGAGCAUUGCUGCUAUUUUUCCAUGAAAUACAGGGAAUUGAAA